AUUUUAAUAAAAAAUUUUAGGAAGAUGAAUAAGAGAGACUGAGAGAGAACUUCAAAGACGCCAUCUUUUUUAUCUUCAGACGAUCAGAUUCCUCGCUUUAGAGCUCAGGGAAAGUGGAGUUUUCGUUUUGUACUUCUUUUUCAGUUCUUCCUUUUAAGAGUUCCAAGAAGAAAUGGCAAAAAGCUACUUCAAACAGGAUCAUGACCUUGAGAAGAGGCGUGCUGAGGCUGCUAGAAUUAGGGAGAAAUAUCCAGACAGGAUUCCGGUGAUCGUGGAGAAGGCUGAGAGAAGUGAUAUUCCAAACAUUGAUAAGAAAAAGUACCUUGUUCCUGCUGAUUUGACGGUGGGACAAUUUGUGUAUGUAAUACGGAAGAGAAUCAAGUUGAGUGCAGAAAAGGCAAUCUUCAUUUUUGUAGACAAUGUCCUCCCACCUACAGGAGCUAUAAUGUCGACAAUAUAUGACGAGAAGAAGGAUGAAGAUGGAUUUCUCUAUGUUACUUACAGCGGAGAAAACACAUUUGGGGACCAGAAUAUGCUGUAGGCUUGUAGCCAAGGUUAUUCCCUUCAAAUUUGUCCUCCCCCAGCCCCCUCUCCUUUAUUUUCAAAUUUCAAUGUCUUCUUUAUCCUUAUUCUCGUAUUGGCCCUUCCCUCUGUUAAUAAUUCCAGAUUCCAGUAUACAAGGAUCCCAACAACGGUAAGUUGUACAGUCGUAAUCUGUAUAUAGUUUCAAAGAACAAGUAUAGCAUUUAGAUGGCUCCUUUAUUAUUCAUUCAUCCCAAUCAUGUGGAAUAUCAGUGGUGCCAUUCUUUUA